AUGUGGGAGAGCGGCCUAUUCGGUGUCGGCAUUCCGGUCAUUGUUGGGACGCAUCUUAUCGUCAGUACGCUUUCGUCGACUGAUAUUCCCGGCCUUCGACGCCAUCGAGGAGGACCGCUGCGAUGGCGGCAAGAUCGUGUCCUUCCUUGGGGACGUCUCCAGGUUCUGUUGAGAUCCACCGCAUGGAAGGAGGCCACUGGACCUGUGUACGGCACUGCGUUUAUCGUCUCCCGAGGCGACGUUCGAUACCCCCGGGACGAAGAAGAAGCACAAUCUCAGCCGCCUGCGGUGGAUCUGCGUCGCCUCGGGCGAGCAGAAUCACUCCCCGACGGCGACCUGCUCGAGAAGACCAUGUGGCCCGAGGACAGCCAGGGCGGCAACUGUCAUGCUCCAGUGCAAGGCCGGGAAGGAUCUCAAUGGCAUCUCCCAGGAGAAAGGCGGAAGUCGACCCUCGCCGAGUACGGCAAUUCUAAAGGGACAUCUAGUCAUAGCCAAGCUCGUUGGUGUCCCCUGCGGCGUCUCAGGUGUCCAACGGCACAGUUGACUGAACGCGACGUCCUCGCUUCCAAGAGCUCCAUCUAA